AUGUGCGACUUUAGUCAAUACGGAAUCCCCAGCGACGAAUGGUUGCGCGUCGAAGCAAGCCUACCACCCCGGAAAAACCUUCCUAUCCCAGAGCUUAAACAAUCCACGAAUCUAACAAGAGAAAGCAUCGCUCAGAAUGACAUGAAAGAGUUAUCCCGCCAAGUCUCUUUACAGGACUAUUCCAUUCCGACGCGCGAUGGACAGCACGUCGAAGCACGAUUGUAUCGACCAGCAACUCUCCCAACGUAUGAACUUCUACCAAUAUAUAUCCAUUUUCACGGUGGUGGGUUUCUAUUUGGCACACUCGGCUCUGAAGAUGCGAUUUGCUCGCGAAUUGCGAUACAAACCGAGUCAGCCGUAGUAAAUGUUAAUUACCGACAUACACCAGAGUUCAGGUACCCAACGGCUUGGAAUGAUGCUGAAGAUGCAUUGGCCUGGGUGUGUAAUCACUCAAGGUUAUUUUAUGGCGACACUCAGAAGUUAGUAAUUGGAGGUGUAUCAGCGGGAGCAUGGUUGACUGCUUCUUUGGUGCAAGCAGUUGUAACUUCAGAAUUGAAGUUAUCGCCCGAACCAAACAUCCUAGGCCAGGUGUUGAUGAUUCCAUGUUUGGUUUUUAGGACCUGUUAUGAUGCCCAACUACGACAGAUUAAAAAUCCAAGUGUUUCAUCAUAUCAGCAGGCGAAUAAUGCGCCGAUACUAAAUGAGAAAACUAGGAAGAUGUUUAAUGAUUUACUGCAAAUUGAGAAUCCGGAUCCAGAAGAUAGGAGAUUGAAUCCAGGCCUUUUAACAGCAGGAGAAGCAAAGCUAUUACCGCCCACAACAGUUGGGGUUGCUGGUUAUGACCCAUUGCGAGACGAGGGGUUGUUGUAUGGGAAAAUCCUAGCUGAGAAUGGUGUUCCGACCAAUAUCAACGUCUUCAGAGGUGUUCCUCAUGGCUUUCGACGGUUUGGAGAAAAAUUGUCAGUUUGUAAGGAUUGGGAUAGGGUGGUUGAGGAUGGGAUUCGCUGGGCCUGGAGCAAGCCGUCAGCGGACGAGUUUACAAUUAAGGAAUUCUGA